CGGCAGGCUGAGAAGGAGCAGAAAAUGGCGGCGGUGGCUGUGGCGGCGGCGGUUUCGGAGGGCGGCGCCAAGAUGGCGGAGCCCGGGGCCUUGGCCGGAGGAGGGAUGGCGGCGGCCAACGGGGCUGGCAACGGCGUUGGGGAUGGCGUCCCCAAGAGUGAAGGCGAACGGCCAAACCAGAACGAGAAAAGGAAGGAGAAAAGUGCCAAGCGUGGAGGAGGGAGUCGCUUUGAGCCCUAUGCCAGCCCUUCGAAAAGAUAUCGAGCCUUCAUUACAAACAUCCCCUUCGAUGUGAAGUGGCAGUACCUCAAAGAUCUAGUCAAAGAGAAAGUUGGUGAGGUAACAUACGUGGAGCUCUUAAUGGACGCUGAAGGAAAGUCAAGGGUAAGUCUCCGAGAGAAUUUCUUCCGUGGAUUUUUACUACAUGACCAAAAAAUAAAUGAUAAAUAAUGUAACUGUUAAUGGUGUGGAACCAAAUGAAGUUGGGAUGCGUAGUGUGUAUGGUUUUAUCGUCGGCGCUGCCCCAGAGCUGCUUGGUGUGGGGGGGAGGAGGUGGACAUGGGGCAUGUUAGACCCAGCAGCAACCCUCUGCUGCCCUCCUUUGGUGUUUGGCUGUAUGACUUACGCAUGGGUCCUUGUGUACUUUCUUUACUGGUACAUGAACGUCCAAAUCCUUAGCUUAAAUGUUUCUCGUGGUUCUCGUUGCUGACCUUUGUAAACUCGGUGUGGAAGAGAGAGGUUGCAUAAAUGUCAGAACUCCAUGGCAGUCUGUGUCUAAAUGUAAAAAAUGAAGAUAGCUGUUGCAGGCGUCCAUUGCUUUUCAGUUCAGUGGAAGGUAGUUUCAGAAUCUUCCCUGAAGGCUGAUUUCUUUUGGGGGUAGAGUGGCUAGAGGUUGGAUGUCCUAGAGGCAAGUAGGAGCUCAAAGAGUGACGUCUCUGAGAGAGGUUGGGAGUCUUGUCUGCAUAUCAUUACUCCUUUUGCGUCAACCCUAGCCAUGUAGCUUCUAGAAUGCAGGUAAAUAGUUCUGUUGCUUGUUAAAACAGCAAAAUCUUGACCUCAACGACUGUAAAGACAAACAAGUAUCCUUUUUAAAUAUCUUAAGCUCAUUUGGCUCUUUACUGACCUGUUCCUUUUCCUUCCCACUCUGCUCCUCUCUGCCUGACAUGAAAUUUCCACGUCGAAAGGGAUGUGCUGUUGUUGAGUUCAAGAUGGAAGAGAGCAUGAAGAAGGCUGUGGAGGCUCUCAACAAGCACAGCCUCAGUGGGCGGCCCUUGAAAGUGAAGGAGGAUCCUGAUGGAGAGCAUGUGAGGAGAGCUGUGCAGAAGGCCAUGGCUGCAACUGGUGGCGGGAUGGGGAUCGGCCCUGGUCCCGGCGGCCCUGGGAUGAUCAACAUCCCUCCCAGCAUCCUCAAUAACCCAAACAUCCCCAACGAGAUCAUUCAUGCCCUGCAGGCAGGCAGGCUUGGGAGCACGGUCUUUGUGGCCAAUCUGGAUUACAAAGUUGGCUGGAAGAAGCUGAAGGAGGUGUUCAGCAUGGCUGGCGUUGUGGUCCGGGCAGACAUCCUGGAAGACAAAGACGGCAAGAGCCGGGGCAUCGGCACAGUGACUUUUGAGCAGGCUAUUGAAGCUGUUCAGGCAAUUUCCAUGUUCAAUGGCCAGCUGCUGUUUGAUAGGCCAAUGCAUGUGAAGAUGGAUGAGCGAGCCUUGCCGAAAGGGGACUUCUUCCCUCCGGAGCGGCCCCAGCAGCUUCCUCAUGGACUCGGAGGCAUUGGCAUGGGACUGGGGCCAGGAGGAAUACCUAUUGAUGCAAACCAUUUGAACAAGGGUUUGGGCAUGGGCAACCUGGGACCUGGAGGAAUGGGCAUAGAAGGCUUGGGCUUUGGAAUGAACAAAAUGGGAGGGAUGGAAGGGCCUUUCAGCGGAAUGGAGAAUCUGGGCCGUUUCCCUUCUGGGAUGAACCUGGGCAGGAUGAGCGAAAUGGACCGUGCGAUUGGAGGCGGGUUUGAAAGAGACUUCCCGAGGAACGAAAUGGGGAUGCCUCGUAGCUUUGGGGACACCCUGGACAGGGGCCUGGGUGGCGGCGGAGGCGGGGCCAGCAUCCCCACGAUCGACCGCAUGGCCCCCGGCCUCGACCGCAUGGCCACGGGCAUCGAUAGGCUCCCCUCGGGCAUGGGGCAUGGCAUAGAAAGAGUGGGCUCAGAGAUGGACAGGAUGGGGCUGGUGCUGGACCGGAUGGGCUCCGGCGUGGACCGGAUGGCUCCCCUUGGGAUCGACCACUUGGCGUCCAACAUGGACCGCAUGGGCUCUGGGCUGGACCGCAUGGGGACGGGGAUGGAGAGGAUGGGCACAGGGCUAGGGUUUGGCAUGGACCGUAUGGGCUCUGCCAUGGACCGUGUCGGCACAACCAUGGACCGCAUGGGCGCCGGUGUGGACCGCAUGGGCUCCAGCAUAGAAAGGAUGGGCCUGGGCAUGGACCGCAUGGUCCCUGCGGGGAUGGGGCCCACAGGGAUGGGCCCCGUGAUGGACAGGAUGCCCGCGGGGCUGGACCGCCUUGGGGCGGCCUCCAUCGACAGGAUAGGGCUGGACCGCAUUGCGGCCAGCAACAUGGACAGGAUGGGUCUUGACCGCAUGGGGGCUGCCGCAACCAACCUGGACAGGAUGGGGCCCGCCAUGGGGCAGGGCAUGGGGGCAGGGCUAGACAGGAUGGGGCUCGCCAUGGGGAACACCUUCGAGAGAACGAUGGAGAUGGACAGGGGGAACUUUGCUGCCGGAAGCUUCGCUGGCGCCCUCGGGACCGGAGGACCUGCCGCUGCUGCCGGUGUAGCCAGGAAGGCUUGCCAGAUUUUUGUGAGAAAUCUUCCUUUUGAUUUCACGUGGAAGAUGCUGAAAGACAAGUUCAAUGAGUGUGGCCACGUCAUGUAUGCGGACAUCAAAAUGGAGAACGGCAAGUCCAAAGGGUGCGGUGUGGUCCGAUUUGAAUCCCCAGAAGUCGCCGAAAGAGCCUGCCGUAUGAUGAAUGGGAUCCAGCUUCGUGGCAGGGAGAUAGACGUACGGAUUGACAGGAAUGCCUAAGUUUUGUUUUUUGGCAGGGGCGUUUUUAAAUACGAAGGGAGAGCGCUUGGGGUUUGUACUUUCUUGUUGAGAUUUUUUAAAAAAUUUGGAUGUGAAGAUGGUAAGACAACUCAGUUGCUUUCUGGAGUAAUUUCAGUUCCUUUUUUUAAAAAAUAAGGUUUGUUUUUUCCCAUUUUACUGUCCUGGGCUUUUGUUUUUGAAUUGAAACUGUUUUAACAUGCACAAUCUGGUUCUAUGUAGUGGCGUCGCCUCGUUGAAUUUUAAGAUGAAUUACACUAUGUCUUUGGUUAAAAAUAAACGCCAGUGGCGGGUGGCUAUCAAGUCUUGUUCCCACCUUUUCCCUGGUUAGAGAAACUCUUUGGAAAGACCCUCUGAAGAAGGCAAGUAGUGCUGAUAACUCUGUAUCUGUUUCUCCUAUGGGAAAUAUUCCACCUGGAAACUUCUGUGAAUGUCUGGAAAAAAAUUAGUUUUUUUUUCUUGGAAAAUGUACAACUAGACCAUGAGUCAAACCAAAACCACAUGUCUUGUAUGAAGUCGAUGUCUAUAUUAAAAGUGUUCUCUUGUGGCUUACAAAGA